AUUUCCUUUCCUUGCUGCAGCGACAGCGUCUUCCCCACUGCCCAGAACCCACCCCAAGCAUCCGCGGCAGAGAGGGACAUGGAGGCGGUGAAGAGCCUGCUCAAGCCGAAGCCGACGCCGCAGCAGCAGCUGCGCGAGUGGCAGCGCCGUCUCCGCAACGAGGGCCGCAAUAUCGAGCGUCAGAUCCGAGAUGUGCAGAGGGAGGAGAAGAAGGUGGAGAAGGCCAUCAGGGAGGCCGCCAAGCGCAACGACAUCGGAUCGGCCAAGGCACUGGCCAAGGAGGUUGUGCGGUCGAGGAAGGCGGUCAACCGCCUCUACGAGAACAAGGCCCAGCUCAACUCCAUCUCCAUGCACCUCGGCGAAAUCGUUGCUACUUCUAGGACAGUAAGCCAUCUGUCCAAGAGCACCGAAGUGAUGAAACUUGUCAACAACCUUAUGAAAGCCCCGGAGGUCGCAGCCACAAUGCAGGAAUUCAGCAAAGAGAUGACAAAGGCUGGUGUAAUGGAAGAAAUGGUCAAUGAUGCUGUGGAUUCAGCGCUGGACAAUGAGGACAUCGAGGAGGAAAUCGAAGAGGAGGUGGACAAGGUCCUCUCUGCAAUCGCUGGGGAGACUGCCUCUGAGCUUCCAGAUGCUGUCCGGAAGGAAAAGGAGAAGGUGAAGCAACCUUCGACAAGUGUACCUGCAGAGAGAACUGCUUUAGCAGAGGCUGUUGAUGAUGAUGAUGAGCUAGACCAGAUAAGGGAAAGGCUAGCCAAAGUGAGGUCAUAGAAGAGAACUGAACAAGAUCCAUCAUUGGUGUGUUAUAGUGCAUAACAUUUCACUUAUGAUGUAUACAUGUAUCACACACAAUAUCACAGAUGACAUCCUUAUUGUCAUUAACAAACUGAUUUACCCACAUACAGCAACGUAAAGUUGUUCAAGCCCAGUUGUAAGGAUCAUCAUGUGUGAUGUCAUUUUUUUACUCAUUGUGCAUACUUAUAAACAAGGUGUGAUCUCUCUACUUCUCGAGUUAUACCGAGUUUCUUC